AUAGGGGUAGCUGGUUCCAAAGAGUGGGUGCAGCUACAUGGAAAGCUCUGUCACCGAAAGUCCUAAGUCUGCUGCGGGGGAUGACCAGCAGGUCCUUAUCAGAGGACCGCAAAGACUUCAGUGAGGUGGAGGGGUGAAGGAGUUCAGCAAGGUAGUGGGUAGUAAACACAUUAAGUGAUUUGUAAGUGAGGAGGAGGAUUUUAUAGGAGAUAUGGGACUUGAUAGGAAGCCAGUGAAGCUGUAUCAAGAUGGGGGUCAUGUGCUGCCAGUGCCACCAGUGUAAGGACUCUGACCCUGAGCCGAACGAGCUCUUGAAGGAGGUCGACAAUCUUGUCCAGCAGGCUGAAGAUAGGGAUGAACUCCAAAAGCUCCAGCAGUUCAUCAGCAUGCCACAGGAGGCAGUACCAUCCGCCAGCCAGCCAUCCGCCAGCCACCCAUCCACCAGCCAGCAACCUGUGAAGUGGGUGAAGAGGGACAGCGAUGGGAACAUUAUUUAUGCAAGGCCAAGGUCAUCCCGAAAACAGAGAGUAAACCCAGCUGAUGUGGACACCUUGGGUGAAGUUCAUCAAAUUAUUGAUGAGCCAGUGAGACAGGACAAAGACACCUUAAUUGAAAAGCUGAGGUGCCUCCUGGCUGAUGCUGGCAUAACGACAGAUCCGCCAGCAUCACCAUCUCCAUCAUCAUCAUCAUCAUGGACACAUCGGAAGCAGGUGGCCAGUGAGCACUGGAGCAGGGCGAGGGAGGACAUGACGGCCAACCUUCUGGCAGCUGAAAGACCCCCCUGCCAACCUUGUCAGGUUUGCCGGCACACAAAGGCUGUGGUACGCUGCAGGGACUGCCUUGCUCAGCUUCUAUGUGGAGGCUGUGACCAGGCAGUACAUAACAGCCAUCCCUUGCACAACAGAGAGGCCAUGUUUGAGGGGUUUUUCAAACCUCUAAGUCCCGUUGUAGGAGUAACCCGCAAGGAUGACCGCUACUGUUAUGUUAGUUAUGGUAUGUAUGAAAACAGGGUGUCUUGCUGGACCUGGCAAGAUGGUCAUUGUGAUAGGAAUGAAUGGAAGACACCAACUGGCCCUACCUUCACUUAGAUGUGCUACCUGCCAGGCCACCUGGAAUGCGGGCUUACCUGACCUGGUAGCAAGUGGCUACUGGCCGGCCACACCCAAUUUUGAAACCAUUUACUCUACUGACCUAUUUUGGUCAUACUCCAAAAUUAAAUUACGGGCACCAGGUUUGUCGAGGCAGGCAUUUUUGGGGAUGCAGUCAAAUUUUCCUACUUCCUCUAAUUAACACCUGAUGCAUAAAUAAAACCAAGCCUGUCUUUUGUGCAAAUGUAUAGUGGUUCAACAGUUCAAAAUGUAUCUAUGUAAAUAUCGUUCAAAAACCAUGACACAGUAAAAUAAAUCAAACGCCUUAUAGGUCACAUAGCAUGAAUAGAUACAUACUGUAUGCCAGUACUUACCACGCAGAACAAGGCAUCCAGUGCACUUUAACUUCUUCCUUAUCCUACAGAAACACACACACACACACACACACAGUUAAUCAUAUUUCUGUGGUUACUGUGACCAUACAGACACUCGUUCACACUUGGCUAUAUGCGCUGGUCAGGAGACAUGAGUUUACCAUUUGAAUGCUGUCUAUAGAGUAAUAUUGCACAUUGAAGAGAAUAUCAGAGAAACAAAGAAAUAUUGUUCUAGAUCUUACCUGUAUCAUUCUUUUCUCAACAAUACAGUCAUAUUGCCACACUUUUGUAUUGUAGCAUUUUCGACACCCUGAAAUAACAAAGACAAAAAGUCUUGUUUGAAAAACAAACCCUAGGUUAUCAAUAAAUGGUAGUAUAUGUUAAAAGCAUUUGCUAUAGAUAGAUAGACAAAUAGAUAGAUGCACAGAUAGAUUUAUAGAGAUACUAUUAAUCAUAUACAAAUACAUAUACUGUAUCUGGAAGGAAAAGAAGGUGACCGAUCACUCCUCAUGGGUGUUGUUGGGAAGGACCGGCUCUGCCGCUGCCUCUAUGGGGCAUGGUGGGCACUGACCAUCCCUGCUGUGGUGCUGAGCUGCCAUGCACCAUAUCUUAGUUAUGCUGCUUUAGCCGAGUGCUGACACUAACCUCUUACAGUAUGUGUUAUGCCGUACAACUCUCUCUCUCUUCUCACUAUAUUUUACACAUAUAUCUGUGUGAAUGUAUGAAGUAUGAAUCUCCUAGACUGGCCUUACUCUUCCCACAUCCUCCGUCCACAUAUACUACAAUCAGCUCUGCUGAGUGUCAUGCCUGCUGUUCACUCCCUGUCUCCCUGUUAUCAACCCCUCCUGCAUGGACUGCAACCAACUUCACAGGAGAUCCAGACCAGGACCGACUCUCCUCCUUCCUAGAGGCCCUGCGACUGACCCCCCCCCCCCCCCCCCAUGAUGGCACUGUCAAGAUGACCUCCACCUAAAUGCUACCCCCACGACUGAUCCCACUCGCUGACUCUAACAUUAUGUCUGGCAACUACUAUGCUGUCCAACCAGAACUUGUCUGGCUACGACGACACUGUCCAACAAGAGCUUUAGACAACCACCUAUGGCUUGACUACCAUGUUUUGGGACAAUUUUUGUAAUCUUGUUGCGAUGAUGCUUUGCCAAAACCAUGGACAAUUUUGUUAUCUAUCACUUCUGGUAAACUACUGACUGUACAAGUACUUCAUUGGCCCCUGGCAGUUGGGUCGCACCCUUGAGUUGCAGAUAUGCCCAAGUUUUUUUCCUAAAUAACUACCAGAAGGGAGUGUGGGUGCGCCUGUCUGUAAAGCACCAUGAGACAAUUGUAUUGUAAUUGGCGCUGUAAUUGGCAAAUAUAAUUGAAUUCAAUUGAAUAUGAAUGGUGUGCCAUUACAGUAAAGUUACAUUGUAACAUGUGAAACGAGUGACUUGGAAACAUGCAGAAAGGUGCAAAGGUGCUAUAUUUGUCUUGUGUAUAUAAGUCUUGUGUAUGAAUGUAAACCUGUAACUUACUAGGCUUUGUUUC